AUGGCCCCUCAAAUCUUGGUUGGAACUGGGACUUGGGGUCACAACCUUUGUAUCGACCAGAUGCGCGAACAGUUGAACAAUUUGGAAAAACUCAAUUGUCGACGGAUCGACACUGCCGCCCUAUAUCCCUUCACCCAUCCCCACCUCGCAGAAAAAUGCCUUGGUGAACUUAAGCACGAUGGACUUCUCAUUGAUACUAAAGCCAUGUGGUUUAAUGGCAGUGACAAUACCCUGACUUUCAAAGCAGUUCAGAAGUCAAUGAACGAGAGUCUAGAGAGGUUGAAAACUUUAAACGGACAAGGUAACAUCUUUUACUGUCUCGGCCCAGAUCACGUCACCCCCCUCCAAGAGCAAGCCGCCGCCUUCAAUGCGGUAUAUCGUCAGGGAAACUGCGCGGGGACUAGGGUCUGUAACAUGUCGCCCAAGUCGUUUGAGGAGAUUCUCGAUAUCUGUGAAACCCAGGGCUAUGUCAAGCCCCGCGUGUUUCAAGGCCAGUAUAAUCUCUUAUGCCGGAACUACGAGAAAACGCUGCUACCACUUCUUCGAAAACACAACGUCGCCUUCGUAGCGUACUCACCUCUUGCCGGGGGGGUGCUGACUGGAAAGGUCACCUUCUCUCACAACAACCCCGAGAACCUCCGGGGAACCCGCUUCGAAGUAUCCAAGGACAACGUCAUGGGCAUGGUAGGCCGGAAGUGGUAUGAUAAGCCCGUUUUUCACGAUGCAAUACACAAAAUGGCAACAUAUUGUGAGACGUAUGGGAUCGAUAUGGCCGAGGCAAGCAUGCGAUGGAUAUUGAACCAUUCAGCCCUAAACGGGGCGCUGGGGGACGGCGUGAUUGUCGGGCCGCGCAAUCAGGCACAACUAGAUACAUACGCUGCUGGUAUCCACAACGGCCCUCUUCCGGAUAACCUCGUAGAAGAUCUCAACGGUCUCUUUGAGGGGCUAGAGGACGCCGCAGCACCUAUUCUAGUAUACUGA